AUGGAGGGCACGUUGAGGGAGCCCACGGGAACAUUAGUUGGUAGUUUUGUUCUGAGGGCCACACAGACGUCCAGCGUGCAAUUCCGUAUCGCGCUAUUGGCAGACUCCGGUCAGCGCGCACGGCAUCCAUAUCAGGGCCAACCUCAGGAGAGGUCAGCAGGAUUACAGGCAGGAGGGCGCAGCACAGUAAGGGCCCAGCACAGCACACAGUGGGGCAGGAAGACAACAGACAGGGGGGGGGGGAGCCAGCAGGGGGGCAAUGGGGGGUGCAGCGAAGACAACAGCAUGAGCUAA